UCACAAAAAAAAAAAAAGAUUUCUCAAACACACACUUCUUAUGCUUUCCUCUUUUAAUCACAGAGGUUAACUUUGUUUGUAGUAAUUAUCUUUUACAUUUUAGUCUGCUGACAUUCAGUUUAUGAUCAUGAAUUACUGAUUCAACUGCCUGUCAGGCAAUUACGUUAAUUUCCUGUCUAAGUUUCUCAAGGAAAUAAUCGACAUCAAUGAUAACCAGAUUCUUGGGUUAAGAGUAGACCUAAUGACUUAGACCUUUGGUUGAUCUUUACUUGCACUGCCAUUUUAGUCUUGUGGCAAAAACAAUAAAGGCUUACUUAGUGUUAUUGCUUUGAAAAUAAUGGAUCGCGAACCAGGCAUGUCAUUACAUGGUUUCUGUUGAUUGUUUAUUCUUGGAUAUGUUUCAAAUAUUGAAUUGUGUGUUUAUCUUUCAAGAUGCUCAGGAUAAAUGCAUGCUUAAAUUUGAUGAUUCUUUUAUUUAUUUUUCAAUUGUAUUAUCCAUCUAUUUGCUCUUGUUACUUAUUUUGCUAUUCAACUUUUGUUUUUGUCCAUUUGAAGGGUAUGUUAAGAGAUAUUACAAAGGGAGGGAGACAUGUACCCUUUGACAAAAGUGAGCCAAGAACUCCUGAUAUCAAGCUACCUACUGUUGCACCUGAGAGUUCUGACCAGAAGCAGUAUCAAGAGGAUAUGCGAGAAGCUGCUGAAAACUUUGUUGAUAAUUCUCCUGUUGGUAUUGGAAGUUCUUCAGCUGACAUUGAUGAAGAGCAGGAUAAUCUUGACGAACUUGCAAAUGCUUCUGGUACCGAGUUUGAGAUUCCUGCAAGCUUUGAUGAACAGAUUGGAAUUGAUUCACAUAUGGGUGCUGACUGGCCUGGGACAUGACAUACAUGGUUCCAAGUUGACACAGAGCAUGAAGAUUCCAUAUAAUAUUACCGUUACCUUAAAAUUUGUAAAGCGUCUGUCAAUAUAACCAAGACCUCACUUGUGUAUGUUAGGAGUUAGGACUUAGGAGGUAGGGGAUAUUUGUAUAUUAGUAUAUACUUUGGUUGAUACAAGUCAGAGAAAUUUCUCGAAUUUAGUUUUUCUUC